CUCCGAAAUAUUCCCUCCAAACUCCUGUCAGCUGACCUCUAUGAGGAGUGGAUGCAAGCUCUGGAGAAGCCAAGCAAGCAGGAAAAAAUUGAAGAGUUGAAAGAAUUGGAAGUGCAGAAGGAGAUGAAUGACAAGGUGACAGUGUUGGUGGAGUUCCUGAUAAACAACUGCUCAGAAAUAUUUGGAGAGGACAUUGCCUUGUUUGUCUGUGCCUCAUCUGAGGAGUCACCAGAGCACACAGACAGCUCCACAGAACACCUAUGUGCUGUUCAUCAGAAUGACUCUGCCUAUGACAGCCCAGAUCCUGAAGCUGAAGGCAGCUCCUGUACCUCUCAGAUGGAGCAGCCCAAAGGGAGGAGCACUAGUGUGAGCAGAAGAUAUCCAACAUGCAUCUCUGCCCCUUCACUGACUAAUUUCAGAAAUGACAUCAGCACGAUGGACAGGAGGAGGUACUCAGAGCCAGACCUGUCCUUCCAGAAUCGCCUUGAAGGCAGGAUAAGGAAACAGAAGCUGAACAAAAGUGAGGACGAUUUUCCGUUUCAGCAGAAACAGCUGGGGUUGGAGGCACUGGAGAAACCGCUUGCAAUCUUAGCUUCGCAAUUAUCAACUGACUCUCUACCCAAAACAUCCUCCAGUUGUUCCCUGGAGAGUUCUGAUGGCUCAGUCUUCACCAGCUCCCCAGUAGUUUCACCCUCUAGUCCCAAAAAAACCUUUUUAAAUAGGCCGCAGUCCUUUUCCACCAAGGCCACAGAAGACUGCAGUACACCUAGCAGAGAGAUCAAAAAGCAUUCCAUGUCAUUCUCUUUUGCAAAUCGCAGGAAAACACUAAUAAAAACCCAGAGCUGGGGGCCUGGAAAAAACAUGGGUUUUCAGAGAGACAGUUUCACAAAGAAAGAAGAUCAUUUCUCCUGCAGAGUUGUCCAGAACAGCCCUGAUGAUGACAAACCAUUGCCUAUGGCGUAUCAGCAAAGGCCCCGUUUCAGGUCAGCUGAUGAAGUGUUCAGAGAGGUAGACCAGAGGAAUCCUGGAAGUCCACCCUCUUAUGAAGAGGCUACUAAAAACUGCCUGACCACUAACGUUACCUCCCACAAUCUCACAGUUCAAAGUAUGAGAUUAAAGUUGUCAAACCAGGACGCUUUGUCGCCUCAUCCAUGCAGCAGCUGCCCACCAGACGCAGCAUAUACAGCUCUAGGGGACCUACCUCAUGGCAGAGUUUCUGCAGCAAAGGGUUCUGAUGUGGAAACCGAAACCCUCAGCAUCACUGUUGGAAUAAACUCCCGUGUGAGUUUACCUGUGACCCCAGGAGUCUACCGACUGAGAGCCAUGUCUGAAUCCUGUCAAAAGAACAAACUUGAGUAUGUGGCUCGGAGGUGCAGCCAGCCAGUUUUUGAGGUAGACCAGAUCCAGUAUGCUAAGGAAUCCUAUGUUUAA